AGCUCUACUCAUGCGCCGGUGGGAAAGGGUGAAUGUGUGCACUGCGCGAUUCUAAGGGCUUACGCUGCGUGGUUGCGUCAUGGCGUUGUGUUGUUUUUACGAAAUCCUCUUUGGACUGGUGUGACGUUCUGUCCGAGGAGAGCAGGGAGCGUCUCGCUGGAGGAGCAGGCACAGCACUGGUAGGGUCCCCAAGAUGCCUGGAAUGGUGAUAUUUGGGAGACGCUGGGCUAUCGCUAGUGAUGACUUUGUUUUUCCGGGAGCCUUUGAACUUUUCAUCAGAAUGAUCUGGUGGAUUGGAAUUCUUAUUUUGUACUCCAUUCACAAAGGGAAAUUUAACUGUACUGGAGGGGGAUUAUUGCACAGCUACCUGCUUGUCCUCCUCGUUCUCCUGGCUGUCAUAAUAUGCACUGUAUCUGCUAUUGUGUAUAUCAGUAUGCAAGGAACAAUUUCUAACCCUGGGCCAAGGAAAUCUCUUCCUAAAUUGAUUUAUACUCGGCUAGGUCUUUAUAUCCCAGAAUUGGUCUGGGCAGUUGUGGGCGCUAUAUGGGUGUCGGACACUGAUGUACGUUGUGAAAGGACUGUGGUAAAUGUCGUAUUUUGGACAGUUAUUGCAAGCUGGGUUAUCAUCAUCUUUACCAUCGUUGCAGUUGUAAUUGUCUUUGAUCCACUUGGGGGGAAAAAGACACUGUACCUGGCUGAUGAUAUAAAUCGCAACUUGGAAAGCAGUCAAUCAGGCCAAUUGUUUUAUAAUGUCAAGAAGACCGCAACCAGAGUCUGGGAGAGGAGAAUCAGGUUACUGUGUUGUUGUAUUAUGCAAGAUGAUGAUCACCGAGUGGCUUUUACAAGUAUUGCAGAGCUUUUCCGCACCUACUUCUCAGACACUGACCUGGUGCCUAGUGACAUAGCAGCAGGCUUCACUCUGCUCCAUCAAGAGCAAGAUAAAGUGGAAAACUGCCCAAAAGAGCCUGAAGAAGUCCUGUGUCAUUCCCACCUAUCCCAUGUGACUGAUGAUUUGGAUAUUGAAUUAGAAAAUGCUGCUCACUACAUGCAGUUUGCUGCAGCUGCUUAUGGAUGGCCUUACUACAUCUACACUAACCCAUUUACUGCACUCUGUAAGCUUAGUGGUGACUGUUGCAGAAACAGCCCAACAGAUUCUGAUAUAAUUGGUGGUGAUCAUCUUAACUUUCACUUUGGAUCCAUCCUAAAAAUAACAGGGCUACAGUACAGAGAUUUCAUUCAUAUCAGCUUUCAUAACAAGAUUUUCGAGAUCCCAUUUUUUGUUGCUUUGGAUCACAAAAAGGAGGCUAUUGUGGUUGCAGUGAGAGGAACCUUGUCUUUUGAGGAUCUCCUCACUGAUCUGUCAGCAGAGUGUGAAGACCUGACGCUCGAAGACGUUCUGGAAAAUGGUUUUGUACAUAAGGGGAUAACUCAAGCAGCAAAUUACAUCUACAGAAGGCUAAUAAAUGAUGGCAUUUUAAACCAGGCUUUCACCAUUGCUCCUGAAUAUAAACUAGUUAUAGUUGGUCACAGUUUAGGUGGUGGAACAGCUUCCAUAUUGGCCAUCAUGCUCAGAAACUCCUUCCCAACAUUAAGAUGUUAUGCCUUUUCUCCUCCAGGAGGAUUGUUAAGCAAAUCACUUGCAGACUACUCUAAAUGCUUCAUUGUGUCAGUCGUUGUUGGAAAGGACCUUGUUGCAAGGUUAAGUAUGCCGAACAUGGAAGACCUGAAGAGAAGGCUAGUGAGAAUAGUUGCUAAUUGUAACAGGCCGAAGUACCAGAUCCUGCUGUAUGGGUGUUGGUAUGAAGUGUUUGGAGGCGAUCCAGAUAACUUCCCAACUGAGUUAGAUGGUAGAUGUCAAGAUGCCCUAACCCAGCCUCUUCUAGCUGAAGAGAGUUUAAUGAUGCAUCGGUCACCUUCUUACAAUGCCAUUGAGGAUGAAUCUCCUUUAAAUGCUCCACCUCAGUAUCCUCAUCUUUAUCUCCCAGGAAAAAUCAUCCAUAUUGUAGAAGAAACCAGCUCAAGAAGGUGGUGUUCUUCUGAUGUUAAAUAUACUGCAAGAUGGUCAAAAGAAACAGCCUUUAGCAAUAUUUUAAUAAGUCCCAAGAUGAUAACGGAUCACAUGCCAGAUGUUGUGCUCAAAGCCCUGAACAACUUAACUGAGGAAAAAGCAUCUUGUAUUACCUGUCAAAUAGAAGGAGAUUUUCACACCAACACAGUAUGACUAUAACUCUAAGAGAACAGCCCUUUUUUUUCCUUCUUUAGGCUUCAAGUAUUCAGGAGCCUUUAACCUCAGACUUAAGUGGUGGUGUGGGUUUUUUUGUUUUUUUUUUUAACAUGCCUAAAAUAGAAACUGUGGAGGGGUUGUCUUGGUGACGGUCAUAAUGCAAAAUGCAUUUUACUGUGCAGAGGUUCUGCAAAAGUAAACAUUACUGGCUAACUGUAAUAAGAUAGUUAAAAUGAAUGUAUUCAGGAUUUUGACAGAAACAGAUCUAACCUUUCUGGAAAUGGGACAGUAAGAUGAGUCUUAGCCAGUUACAUGUAUAUUACUGUAUCUUUCAUUUUACAGGGCGAAGGAUUUGGAUAAACUGAGAACACAAUUCAUAGGGAGAUAAUUGAGCUAGAGCAGAGGAACCAUGACACCUUAAUUCUAGCUCUGCCACAGACUUGCUAUGUUAUCUUGAGCAUGUCACUUAACUUCCAUUGUGUCUCAGUUUCACAUCUGUAAAAUUACAGUAUUACCCAUCUUUGCAAAGCAUUGAGAUUCUUGGGUGAAAGGUGCUUAUGUAAAAGCACAGUAUUAAUAAUUAUUAGAAAUGAACACUGCCACUAGGAAGUUUCAUUAAAGGAAAUGGGGUAGUAAAUGAUGGUGCAGUUGCAAAUCUAGUGCAAAGAGAGAGAGGGUUUAAAAAAAAUAAAGUUUUCUAUUUUGUUUUUAAACAGCCAGUCUUGAUUGCACUAGUUACCUUCUGAAAAUACCUCCAUGGUAUCUCAUUUAUUUCAUGACUAUUUUCUAAUAUUGGAUCUCUUGUUUUUCAAAAUGCUGCUUGGAUACAUGUGCAAUAUUUUUGUAUCUGUUUGUUUUUAACCCUAAAGGACUCAUUUUAAAUUCUAGAAUGUAGGAAUAAAUCCGAAAAGAAAUUCUUAAGGGAAUGACAGAGAAGCAUUGUACCCUUUCUACACUAGAUCCAGCCUGAGACUAAUGACCCUCUGACUCUUACCUUCCAUACAUUUAAUUUAGUUGCAAAGGUUUCUUAACUAGACAGUCCAAGUACCAAUUUUGCAACUCCACUAUUUAAAUUGAUUGUAUGGUGAAUGUCUGAUUAAACUUGGUUGCUUUGUACUGAGCAAGUGAUCCUUUUGUAAAAAGCAUAUGUUGCUUGUCAGAGACACUCCCUUAUUGUACCUUUUUCAAAAAAAAAAAAAUAUAUAAAGUCAGAAUUUGUGUAUUGGGGUAGUGCAAGUUUGUUUUGGUAGUCCUGCUGUGCUCCUUCAAGCAGGAACUAAAAAUCUCAAUUUGUCUCAGUGUAAUCAUGCAAGUGUAUGUGUAACACAGGACAGGAAAUUUAUGAUUUGUAUAUUAAAAAGCAAUGCAGGUUGUGGA